CGCGCUUCGAGUUUUCCUGUCGGAUAGUAAAAUGGCGCAUUGUUUUUGCAACUGUGUCUCGGUUGUAUGAUUGCGAUUAUGAAGGCGUUUGGAUUAGCAAAACAAUAGCUGCUGCAUAAUGUGACUUGUGCAUAGGCCAGCAGUAUCUCGAACAUAGAGGUUUAUUCAUUCGCUUUCAUGUUUCGUGUUUGAGAUUCCAUAAAUCCUGGUUGUUAGCAUUAGUUAGCUAACAUUUUACUAGCAAGCUAAUUCACUGUGCAUUUACUCCCUCAAAGCGGCGACUUAGACAAAGAUGGGUUAUUUAAAACUGAUAGAAAUAGAAAACUUCAAGUCCUAUAAAGGAAGGCAGAUUAUUGGACCUUUCCACAAGUUCACUGCAAUCAUCGGACCCAAUGGAUCCGGCAAAUCCAACCUUAUGGAUGCCAUUAGCUUUGUGUUGGCGGAGAAAACUAGUAACCUGCGUGUGAAAACUCUGAAGGAUCUAAUCCACGGAGCACCUGUGGGCAAACCAGCUGCCAACAGAGCAUUUGUCAGUAUGGUGUACCAGGAGGAUAACGGAGAAGAACGCUCCUUUACAAGGGUCAUCAUUGGUGCCUCCUCUGAGUAUCGUAUUAACAACAAAGUGGUGGGCUUACCUGAGUACAGUGAAGAGCUAGAAAAGCUUGGCAUCCUGAUCAAGGCUAGAAACUUUCUGGUCUUUCAGGGAGCUGUGGAGUCUAUUGCCAUGAAGAAUCCCAAGGAGCGUACAGCACUGUUUGAGGAGAUCUCUCGUUCUGGAGAGCUGGCUCAGGAAUAUGACCGCAGGAAGAAAGAGAUGGUGAAAGCAGAGGAGGACACACAAUUUAAUUACCAUCGCAAGAAAAACAUUGCUGCUGAGCGCAAAGAGGCCAAGCAAGAGAAAGAGGAGGCUGAGCGCUAUCAGCGUCUGAAGGACGAAGUGGCUAGGGCUAGUGUUCAGUUACAGCUCUUUAAAUUGUAUCACAAUGAAACAGAAAUUGAGAAGCUGAACAAAGAGCUAGGCCAGAGGAACAAAGAGAUUGAUAAAGACCGUCGAAAAAUGGACCAUGUGGAGGAGGAGUUAAAGGACAAGAAGAAGGAACUAGGCAGGCUGAUGAGGGAGCAACAGACUAUUGAAAAAGAAAUCAAAGAGAAAGACUCUGAGUUGAACCAAAAGAGGCCACAGUAUAUCAAGGCAAAAGAGAACACUGCUCACAAAAUCAAGAAGCUAGAGGCAGCACGCAAGUCAUUGCAAAAUGCACAGAAGAUGUACAAGAAGCGCAAGGCAGACAUGGAUGAGCUAGACAAAGAGAUGAGGGCGGUGGAGGUGGCAAAACAUGAAUUUGAGGAGCGCAUGGAAGAGGAAGCACAGAGCCAGGGCCAGGACCUCACCCUAGAGGAAAACCAGGUCAAGCAGUACCAUCGUCUAAAGGAGGAGGCCAGUAAAAGAGCUGCUACACUGGCACAGGAGCUAGAGAAGUUCAACCGUGACCAGAAGGCUGACCAGGAUCGCCUUGACCUGGAGGAGAGGAAGAAAGUGGAGACAGAGGCCAAAAUUAAACAGAAGAUUCGUGAAAUUGAAGAAAACCAGAAACGUAUUGAGAAAUUAGAGGAUUAUAUUACCACCAGCAGGCAGUCACUAGAUGAGCAGAAACGCAUGGAGGAGGAGCUGACUGAAGAGGUGGAGAUGGCCAAGAGGAGGAUUGAUGAAAUCAACAUGGAGCUUAAUCAGGUAAUGGAACAGUUGGGAGAUGCCAGAAUUGACAGACAGGAAAACAGUCGUCAGCAGCGCAAGGCUGAGAUCAUGGAGAGUAUCAAAAGACUUUACCCUGGCUCUGUGUACGGUCGACUCAUUGACCUGUGCCAGCCUACUCAGAAGAAGUAUCAGAUUGCUGUGACCAAAGUGUUGGGCAAGAACAUGGAUGCCAUUAUUGUGGACUCUGAGAAGACCGGGAGAGAUUGUAUUCAGUACAUCAAGGAGCAGAGAGGAGAGCCUGAGACUUUCCUUCCUCUCGACUACCUGGAGGUGAAACCAACUGAUGAGAAACUGAGAGAACUACGAGGAGCUAAGUUGGUGAUUGAUGUUAUUCGAUAUGAGCCUCCACACAUCAAGAAAGCCCUGCAGUAUGCAUGCGGCAACGCCCUGGUCUGUGAGAAUGUUGAAGAUGCACGAAGGAUUGCCUUUGGAGGGCCAUACAGGCACAAGACGGUAGCCUUGGACGGUACUCUGUUCCAGAAGUCUGGAGUAAUCUCUGGAGGAGCCAGUGACCUAAAGGCCAAGGCCAGACGCUGGGAUGAGAAAGCAGUGGAUAAGCUCAAAGAAAAGAAAGAAAAACUCACUGAUGAACUCAAGGAGCAAAUGAAAGCCAAGAGGAAAGAAGCAGAGCUGCGUCAGGUGCAGUCUCAGGCUCACGGUCUGCAGAUGAGACUCAAGUACUCCCAGAGUGACUUGGAACAGACAAAAACCCGCCACCUCUCUCUCAACAUGCAGGAGAAAUCCAAGUUAGAGAGUGAACUGGCAAACUUUGGCCCUCGAAUCAACGACAUUAAGAGGAUCAUCCAUUCUCGUGAGAGGGAGAUCACAGACCUGAGAGACCGCAUGAAUCUGGUGGAGGAUGAGGUGUUUGUGGAAUUCUGCAAGGAGAUUGGAGUAAGGAACAUCAGAGAAUUUGAAGAAGAGAAGGUCAAGAGGCAAAAUGAGAUUGCGAAGAAGCGUCUUGAGUUUGAGACGCAGAAGACCCGUCUGGGUAUCCAGUUGGACUAUGAGAAGAACCAGCUGAAGGAGGAUCAGGAGAAAGUCAUGAUGUGGGAACAGACUGUGAAGAAAGAUGAGGCUGAAAUAGAACGGCUUAAGAAGGAGGAGCACAGACACAUGAAAAUCAUUGACGAGACAAUGGCCCAGCUGCAGGACCUAAAGAACCAGCACCUUACCAAGAAAUCUGAAGUCAAUGAUAAGAACCACGAGAUGGAAGAAAUCCGCAAAAAACUGGGUGGUGCCAACAAGGAGUUGACCCAGCUCCAGAAGGAGGUGACCGCCAUCGAGACCAAACUCGAGCAGAAGCGCAGUGACCGUCACAACUUGCUGCAAGCGUGUAAAAUGCAGGAUAUAAGGUUGCCUCUUCGUUCGGGAACAAUGGAUGACAUCAGCCAGGGAGAAGGGAGCUCCCAGACAGAAGACUCUAGCAGCCAGCGGACAUCGAGCAGUGUUCUUGCUAAAGAGGCUCUCAUAGAGAUUGACUACAGCAUUCUAGCUGAAGACCUUAAGGAUGCGCUGUCAGAGGAAGAGAUUAAAGCUGAGACAAACACACUGCAACAGCGUCUGAAUGAGCAGCAGAGCAUUUUACAGAGAAUCAGUGCACCCAACAUGAAGGCCAUGGAGAAGCUUGAGAGCGUCAGGGACAAGUUCCAAGAGACCAGUGACGAGUUUGAGGCUGCCCGUAAAAGAGCCAAGAAGGCCAAGCAGGCAUUUGAGCAGAUCAAGAAGGAGAGAUUUGAUCGAUUCAACACUUGCUUCGAGUCUGUGGCCACUAACAUUGAUGAGAUCUAUAAGGCCCUUUCACGUAACAGCAGUGCACAGGCUUUCCUGGGCCCAGAAAACCCAGAAGAGCCAUACCUGGAUGGCAUCAACUACAAUUGUGUGGCUCCAGGAAAAAGGUUCCGACCCAUGGACAACUUGUCUGGAGGAGAGAAGACGGUUGCGGCUCUGGCUUUGCUAUUUGCUAUCCACAGCUACAAACCUGCACCUUUCUUUGUCCUGGAUGAAAUUGACGCAGCUCUGGACAACACUAACAUUGGAAAGGUGGCUAAUUACAUCAAAGACCAGUCUGUGGAGAACUUCCAGGCCAUUGUCAUUUCUCUGAAGGAGGAGUUCUACACCAAGGCAGACUCACUCAUUGGCGUUUAUCCAGAGCAAGGAGACUGUGUCAUCAGUAAAGUUCUCACCUUUGACCUGUCUCAGUAUCCUGAUGCCAACCCAAACCCGAACGAAUAGAACACGGCCCUCCCAACGCCUUGGCAAGUUGGAUCCAUUAGGUCCUACCUGUUAUUUCCUGUUGUUUUUAUGUUUUUGUUUUCUUUCCUCAAUACCUAGAUUAGUGCAUUAGUGAGGUCUUUUUUGUUGUGGGGAGGUUGUUCACUAUAAAUUGACAACCAAUGUAUGUACAUUUAUGCACACCAGUCAUUUGACAAUUGGCCUUAGGCGAUCGAUUAUAGUAAUCACUAAAAGACAAGUUUAACCUAGUGGCGAAAUGAGGGAGAAGAGCCUUUUUAAUGUACCGCAUUUGUAUCAUGAUAAUAAUGCUAAGUUUACCUGGAUUAUGUUUCUUUUUGUUGUCUGAACUUUUAUAUGAUAUGACCUAAAACCUUUGCUUUGCCCGCUGUUGUGUGUAUUAAGAUGUAAUUACAUUUUCAUAUGUACCUUCUUUUUUUAAAGCAUUGAUGCAUUCCUGUGUGUAAUCGCUAAGUGAAGCACUGGUUUGCUGCAGCUAGUAGUGCUAUAAAAAUGUCAAAACCUUUGUCAUAAAUGGAUGAACAUUGAUAUCACGUAUCGGUAACCUUUUUAUUCCCUAGCUUAUUUCUGAAUUAGUUGUAGAUGAAUGAUAAAGUCAUCACAAUUUUCAGCCAAUUCUGUUUUAUUGAUCAAUUUGCUUCCAAAAAUAAAAAUUGAAUUAUUUAAGCUCUU